AUGGACGUGCUCAAGGCCGGUGUCGAGUCGAUGAAGGACGCGCUCAAGCCGCUGUCCGGGACGUCCUCCCCAGGCUCAGCCCCGAAGGGAGGUAAGAGCCAGACCUCCACUGCCACCGCAGCCCUCGCCACGUGAAGUUCACGGUGUCGUUGACGACAAAGGCCUGUGAAAUGAACAAGGCUACGGUCUUCCAUUGUUCAACAGCCUCGGGGAAGCCCUCGAUCUCGUCGCGGAGAAGAAGCUGCAGGAGAAGGCCUUCAACCAGACGGUGCGACACCGUUUGGGCCGUGUCUUCGACAAGGUCAUCGAGGCUAGGAAUCUGACGGCGGAGAUGAUCACGUCGAAAGCGAUCGCGAAUGAGAUCUUGACGACGGCCUCGAGUCCUGCGUCGGCCGCGGUUGGAUUGGCAGACGGGGCGAGGGACGCCGGAACAGCAGGAGAGGGUUCUCGAGUCCUGCAUCGGCCGCGCUUGGAGCGGCAGACGGGGCUGGGAACGCCGGAACAGCAGGAGUGGGUUGUGGAUAAAGGCUGCCCCCUCUCAACGCCGUGGGUGUGUCGAGAGCACGGCCUAAAGGACAGAGCAAUUCUGUUUGAUUCCGCUUCGUCUUGUGGUCUUGUUUGUCAUUUUUUUAUUUUGCACUCUGUCAUGGGACAAGAUGGUGACGCUUGCUGUUACCGUCAAGCGCUGGGGGUGUAGUACUGUACGUUCACGGAUGUUCAUGUAUUUUUUUUUUAUUGUUGUUAGGCUCUCCCGCUGGUUUCGAGAGAGAGGCUCGAUAGGGGUGCGUGCGUGUUCUCGUAUCCUGAUGAUGUGCAAGUGUAAUAUUGAGUCCCUCGACGCUGCUUCAGAGAGGACGUCGCGAGAGUCGUCGAGGGGUCGCGGUAGCACAUGUGCGUAAGAAAGGGUCUUUUAUUCCCUCUGCCCCGUGAUUCUGUUGUGGUUUGGUUGUUCCUUUUGCCCCUGUCCUAAUGGAACAGGCCGGUGUGGUGACUCAACAUUGGUUGUUUUUAUUUUUGGUCGUGCGAGUAUAUGGCGGAGCUGCGUGUUGUAGGUCUGUUGUUGUUUCUACCUCUGCCGAGGGACAAGUGGGGCGUGAUGCCUCGGUUGUGGCGUUUUUGUCGUGCGGGCAUAUGGUGGAAGGAGAUGCGUGCAGCUUACGGACUAGAUCAAUCGUAGCGGUGGUGUUAUGAUAGUAUGCGUAGAGCGCCGUGGUGUGUUUGGUUCCAUUUUUUUUGCUCUCCCGCUGGUUUGGAGAGGCUCAGCGUGCGUGUUCACGUCUCCUCAUACUGUGUUUUGUAUUGAGUCCCUCGACGCUGUGCGUCGACGAGAACGUUGCGACAGUAAUCGAGUAUUCACCGUAGUCUGCGCGUAGAAAAAGAGAGAUAGACGCGGUCAUUUGUGCCUUCUGCACUGACUGCUCCUUUUGCAUUGUGCCUUUUGCACUGUGACGCUGUUGUGGUGUGCUUGUUUUUUUUGUCUUUGCCACGGAAGAGGCGGGUUUA